ACAUUUCAAAGUUGUAUCGUGACUUGUAGUAAAUAUGGCGCUUUUUGGUAAUAACGGUUAUUCUACUCCCGCACCUUUUUGGCAAAAUGGUCCAACGCCGGGCUGUUUUUAUGAUUUUCCUGGGAGUACCAUACAAUCAGUCGAUCAUGGAAUGCGCCAAAGAUCACAAGCACCUAUGACAACUGGAACAUCAGUAAUUGGAAUACAAUUUAAAGAUGGAGUUAUUAUUGCUGCCGAUAUCCUGGCAUCUUAUGGUUCAUUAGCUCGAUAUAGAAAUUGUGAACGUAUCAUGAAAGUCAACGAUAAUAUUCUUCUUGGUGCUAGCGGUGAUUAUGCAGAUUUUCAGUGCAUCAAAAGUAACAUUGAAAAAAAAAUCCUAGAUGAACAAUGUUUAGAUGAUGGAUUUUCUCUAAAGCCUAAAGCACUUUAUUGUUGGUUAACUCGUGUGAUGUAUAACAGACGAUCAAGUUAUGAUCCAUUUUGGAACAAUUUUGUAAUUGCAGGCUUAGAUAAUGGAAAACCAUUUUUAGGUACAGUAGAUAAACUUGGAACUGCUUACAUUGAUCCAGUAAUUGCAACUGGUUAUGGUGCCUAUAUGGCAACACCUCUAUUGCGGAAAGCAUAUGAAGAAAAUAGUGAAAUGACUAAAGAAGAAGCAAAAGAACUUCUUUACAAAGCUAUGCAAGUUCUUUUUUACAGAGACGCUCGUUCUUUUCCUAAGUAUCAUCUUGGUAUAAUUACUAAAGAUGAAGGUGUGGAGAUUCAAGGUCCAUUAACAUUAGAAAGUAACUGGGAAGCAGCAGUUCUAACCAAAUAAACAUGUUCUUUGAUUUAAAAUAUUUAAAAAUAAUUUUAUUAAAUAAAAUUUAAUUAUAUAA